AGUUCGUUCCCCGUAUCGACUUCACACUUCACCGAUCGUCAUCCGCCCAAUUCCUCCACACAGACGAAAGUUGCCGCUCUAGCUGUCAAUUCAUCUCAACAGUCACAAUGUCUGCCUCCUUCCGCUCCAUCCGCGCCCUCGCGCCCCUCCUCGACCGCGUCCUCGUCCAGCGCGUCAAGGCUGAGACCAAGACCGCCAGCGGCAUCUUCCUGCCCGAGUCCUCCGUCAAGGAGCUCAACGAGGCCAAGGUCCUCGCCGUCGGCCCCGGUGCCCUCGACAGAGACGGAAAGCGGUUACCCAUGGGCGUCGCCUCUGGUGACCGCGUCCUGAUCCCCCAGGUACGUUUCCAAUCCUGAUGGCAUAGCAACAUCAACCACAGCGGCGCCAAUCGUCAACCUCCCCCCCCC